ACGUUACCCGGAAAAUGGGCGGGCGUCAAAAUGCAAGAGACCAUUGGCGAGCUGAGACGCGCUCCACGGUCUCCAAUUGGGAUUUAAACGGGAACAGGGAUAGGUAGUUACGGGUAUUAUGACUGUGAUCCUCAAGUCCCGUUCAGAAACGUGUGCGGUGUUUAUAAUUACUAAAAACGUUAUUGAGACUGUAUUUGGAGGGUUCUGUAGAGUCUGGCGCUAAAUCAUAUCCAGACAUCCAGCCGUUCAAUGUGUGUAAAACGGUUUUAUUUCUUCGCCGUCCUGUCCGGACUUGCAGCUUCAGGCGUGCUGCGAGUCAACGGAAUAAAGGUCUACAUGUCAUCAUCGGAUGUCGAGGCAGUGAACGGAACAAACGUGCGGCUCAAGUGCACGUUCACCAGCACCUCGCCCAUCAACCCUGCCGCCCUCACCAUCUCCUGGAGCUUCAGGUCUCUCCAACCCGGGCGAGAGGAGUCUGUGUUCUACUACCAUGACAAACCUUACCCGCCUCCAGACGGGCGGUUUCGUAAGCGGGUGGAUUGGGCGGGGGACAUCAUGGGGCGCGAUGCCUCAAUUGUGCUGCGAGAGGUCAAGUUCACCUACAACGGAACUUACGUGUGUCAGGUGAAGAACCCACCGGACGUCCACGGCAAUGCAGGGGAGAUCCACCUUCAUGUUGUGACUACAGCUUCCUUCUCGGAGAUUGCUAUCCUGGCUGCAUCCAUCGGGGGCGCCGUUGUAGUUCUUGUCAUCAUCCUUAUCACCGUGGUUUCUGUGAAGCGCUGCAGGAAAGAAAGGCCGGAGGGCUUAGAGGAGGUGCCCGGAAGAGAGAGAAAAGACCCUACCGUGUGCAACCCUGCAAGGGCUGCCCAUUUGUAUAUGCCGGAGAAGGAGUAUGAGAUUGACAGCUCAGAUGGUAUGAUCUCUGACGCCAGCACUAAAGACUCCAGCUCUUCCGAAGACGAGGAAACGGACUCUGAUGAUGCGGGGGGAGAUGACAGUGACUGAGACUGGAUGUGACAUCGACAUAUAAAUAGGAAGAUCCAAAACAGCAAAGCUAUAAGACCAGGAGGGUCACAAGAACAGAGCCAUUUGAAUGUAAUACUUUGUCUCGGAAACUUGAAAUUAGAAGAUUCAGGAAAAUGAAGGAAGAAUUGAAUUUCAAGUUUUCAGAGCAAAUUUUAUCUAAAAGAAUAAGAGUGCAGUUCACGUGAGCUUAGCAUUCCAUGAAAGAAGGAAACAGUCUAAACAGACUUGAUUCUCAUUCCUGGCCAAUCAGGGCAGUACCGGCCUGCUACCCAGAGCAGAACCAGGAGUAUGUGAAGGUCAGAUAAAUGCUGUCUGACUGACAUGAAGGAAGCUGUUCUGAAUACAAUCAAAGCUAAAUUCCACUUCAGGAUCUGGGUCACUGACAGGGCUUUAGCAUCCAUAAGGAGUUAAGUGGAAUUCCUGUAUUGACAGGCAGGAUCGAUCCCAACCUAACCAGGAUCUAGGGUCUUGAAGAUCAAUGAUGUUGAUACUUUGACAAUACAUUGAAAAGUACAUUCAUUUCUAAAACUGACAGAUUCAAAAUCAAGAACUUAACAUAUCCCUUACCCACAAAUCCUUCCUCUAAUAGAGAUUAGCAAUUAUAAAUGGGCCAAUACUACUAAACUGAAGCAUUUAAUUACAGUUAUGCGUCCAGGAGACCACUGCAGGUCCUUUUCAAACUUGGCUCAAAUAGUACUUGAGUCUGGAAUGUUAUGUGGGAGGGUUUUUAUAUUUUAGAAAGUAACUUAUUGCCUAUAUUGUACAAGGUCAAACAAGAAAAUCAUUUCAUGAAUGGCAUGCUAUACAGUAUGCUGCAAUCACCAACAGUGAGAACUUUAAAAUGGCUUCCAUCGUCAGAUUGUUUGUGCUAUAGUGUACAGUAUGCAUGAGUCUAUCACUGAGAAUGAGCUGUCCUCAAUGCCAUGGCUGUGUGGGAGUCCAGAGUAUCUAUGCAGUUAGGUCUGAAAACCUUUUGAUUGCAUUUGUCCUUGAGACCUUUUCUCAAAAAGCAUCAAAAGUAUUCUACCAUACUAACAUUGUAACAUUUCUUUCCACAGAACUGUCUGUAUGGAAACACUGAGUUUAUUUUGUGUCAGAGUAGGUUGUUUUAGAUAUACAAGAAGCAUUUCAUCCGACUGCUUUAACAAUAAAAGUCACAGUUCGUUUUUAUAGAUUUUAUAAUGAAAUAAAGUUUUAUGAACGUU